CCGGACGGGCUAACAUCGGACAAGCGCCUCUCACAUAGCGCCUCUCACAUAGCGCUCUCAAACGAGAGAAGACAAAUGCAAACAUAAUGCCACGCUAUGAUCUCGUCCUCAGCAUUUUUAUCAGACCUUCUAACUGACAGACACUAACACGAGCCGUGUCUAGAAAGAGUGUACAUUUCGGAUUUACUGAUGAUGUUGGAUCACAUGUCGAAGAAGAGGGAAAAUAUAACGGUCAUGUAGGCGAAGACACGGAGCUCAGUCAUGGGUUCGGAGGCGGUGGAGGACUGUGUGCAAGGGGCGCUCUCCUCCCUCUAUCCUCCAUUUGAGAGCACUGCACCCCCCCUUCUAUCCCAGGUCUUUUCUGUCUUGGAGUCCACCUAUCAACAUGACAGUUUAAGGUAUCUGCUGGAUUUCUUCAUCCCAGCCAAACAUCUUCUGCACAGACUCCAGCAGCAUGCUUGUUCUCAGUAUUUGGGCUGUUUGUUCCUGCACUCGGGUUGGCCCCUUUGUUUGGGUGAGAAGGUGGUGGUCCAGCUUUCUACUCUUGACUGGAGGCUCUUGCGAAGCAACGACUUCUACCUGCAGGUGGUGCCAUUCUCCACGCGCUGUCCCCGCCUGGCCCUCAAGUGUCUAGCUCUGGGUGGCCGUAAUGUCCAGGAGGUCUUAGUUCCUGAAUCUCAGCACCCUCUGGUGUUUACAGCAGAGUGGCUGCACUGCAUCAACAAGGAACGUGGUUGCAAGAGAGAAGGUGGAGGUGGUUUAGAUACUUGUCUGGUUAGUACUUCUGAUGGAGUGGUACGUAUUCCAUGGGACGAGGUUGUUUACCCAAAACUACUACACAACCCCACCGACCUGGAGCUUCCUUCCACACACCCCCCUGCCCUUGAUUACCUUUCUCCAAACACAGGGAGUCUGGGAUGGUGUUCUUCCCCUGGAGAUCCUGACGCCUGGUCCUGGGAUGAAGAGGACGAUCUUCCUCCAGAUGGCAAUGAGGCUGAUAGUGACUCUAUGCUGCGGCACCUCAGACAAGCCAGUGAUGGAUGUGGGGAUUAUGUGGAGCUCCUGGAACCUCGAGGAGGUCCAGAUGGUGGCACUGAUUCCAAGCAGCGCUAUUUGGAGAUGCAUGGGAUCUGCAAAACCAAAACUUUGCCGUUAUGUAGGCGAAGCAAGGCCUUUCGAAUUCGGCGGGGUAAGGCCUGGGGGUACGCGAAGACUGAGAUCAGUGGAAGGACGGGGAGCUUACGUAGGAGGGACAGCAACAACAGCGGGAAGAAUAUUGGAGGUGCUCGCAAGGAUUUGGUCAACUCUCGACCCCCACCUCGAGUCAUUGAUCUGGUGCGAGAGAGACAGCCAUCCCAUGAGUGCAUUCAGGACUCAGAUGAGGGUGGUGGAGAUGCAGUAGUCAUGGAUAACCAGGACCUUUAUUUAGAGGGUCCAUCCAAGGAGAGAAGGCCUGGUGUGGGUGAGGAGAGGAAAGGAGCUGGAAGCACACUACCCUGGGAAGAGUGCCAUAGAGGAAGGGCCAGCAGCAGUGAGCUGAGCUCUAGAAGUAAAUAUAUCAACAGAAUAGACAUUCAUACUACAGGAACUAUAGGGGCGGACCAAUCAGAUCAGGAUCAAGGAUUCCACUCAGACUGUGUUUUUGAGGAUGAUAAGUCAGUGGCUGAAGGUGAAACAUUGCGUAAUGCGACAGCAGGUGUGAAUAAUGUGUCUGAUUGCAGCGGACAUUUGGUUAAUGGAUCGAAAGCAAAGCUAAACACACAACCAGAUUCAUCUCAAAACAGGGAGUUAAACUCUUCCCACAAUGAUCAAAACUCAACCAAAAACUCAGGAAACUCCAAAGGACAAAAAGGAAAAUGUAAUGAACAUAGGAAACCAGAAAAAAAUCUUUCUCAACCAGGUACUGACAACAUUGCUGGUGAAAGGCAAGUUGGGAAAUUGGAGGAACAUGUGUGCCCCAGGGGAAAGGACGUCAAAGUGGGAGGAUCUCGUGCACCCAGGAGAAGGAGGAAAGCUAAGGGUGGAAAAAGGAAGGGUAAAUCUGGUGGCCGUGGCAACCCUAAAAACAAAGAAGACCCUGAAAGUUCCACAAAGGGUCAGAAGAAAGCAAGCCAACUACCCGAAACAUCUGAUUCACCGGCUAAAUCACCUCUCUUCAAAGAUACCCAUUCAGAUGAGGGUAAAAAUACAGUAAAGAAGCUAGCGAAUGGUCAUGAAGUAGAGCCAAAAUUUACUGAUGGGACUGGAGAAAAACAACCAGAUGGCCAACAAAAAAUCUUCCCAGAUGCUAAGGCUCAAUCAGAAGCAGCUUCACCUGAUCAUUCACCAGAAGAGAUUAUACCAUCAGCAUCUUCUGACCAGUCAAAGGCACCAUCUCCGAAAGCCCCUGCUCUGCUUAGAGAGUUAAACGAAGAUCUGCUCCAGUCAGGAAAGUUCAUAGUCACAGGUACUGUGGAUAGACUGGGACGUGGGUUGGUUAUUACAGAAGCACACGUACCUGAGGAGGGUCAUAGUCUCAGUGACAUUGUGCAGCUGUUAUCCUGUUAUUACACCAUUACCAGACCUUCAGCCAGAGAAAAGGGCUUGACAGUGCUGGUGGACAGUAGGCAGGCUUCUCCUUCUGAGCUUUGGUUUUCUGCCUUGAGUUCAUUCAAGGCUCAGACAGCUGCAGGCCUUGGCUGUGUUCUCAUUCUUACAGACGAAGAGCAAGAAUCAGCCUCAUAUACGCUGGAUGGGAUAGAGGUACACACAGUAAAAGGAACUGGAGUCCUUCAGCAGUAUGUGGAUAGACAGCAGCUAACUAAAGAAUUGGAUGGAGACUUUGAGCACUCACAUAAUGACUGGUUAUCCUUCAGACUGAGCCUGGAACAUUUGACUGAACGCUGUGAGAGUGUCCUCUCUCUGUUGGAAGAUGCACUAAUGUCUAUGGGCACAGAACCACUGCCUGACUGUAUUAAGUCUGUACCACUAAGUGUUGAAAAGCACAAGCAGCUGAUGGCUGGUGUUCUGUCUGACCAACGGUUGACAGAGUUACAAAGACGGGGUGGGGCUUGGCUGGCUGGACUGGCUAACGGAACAUCCAGAUUGGCUCACAGGUCACCAGACUGCAGUGCUGCUUUGGCCGCAACCUCCAGUCUCUAUGACAGUGUCGAUGAUUCACUCCAUCGACUGGUGCGUGUUUCUAAUCAGAGAAGUCAUGACCUGGAAGCACUCAGUAGACUGGCAACUCUAGUGGACAAACUGGAUAAGUGCGAGACUGAAAUAGACCGUGUGCAGGAGCAACUGGAGGAAUAUAAGGAUCCUCCUCAAUCACUAAGCCGCCUCUCACUCAAACAGCAGAAGUUCAAAAGCUUCAGGGAAUCUGCCAUGGAACUUCACAGUGAGACACUAGUAGUGCUGGGUGAGGUCGAGAGCUGGUCUGAGCUGGAGUGGGGAGGCCUGACGGCAGUCCUUGAGCGACUCCCAUCGAUAAGAGAGAAAGUGAGAGGAAUGUCUCACUGCCUGUCUGACUGCUGGACCCAACUGGACAACACCCAGAGACUACUGUCCACUCUUACUGAGGCCUCCCAGUGGUGCGAUGUGGUCUCUUCCUCCUCUCCACAUUCCACGCCUUCCUCUCCUCUGUCCUCUCUCCCUCCCAUCCCUCCAUCCCGUUUCCAAGAUGCACGAGCUUUGGCCCUUGAGCUUGGUGGUGGUGCUCUGUUGGACCUGUGGGCCCAGACUCUGGAGCGUUACCAGCGCACAUUAGCACAAUUCAAGACUCGCAUGCUUCAGGCUGAGCGUGGCAUGCCCACCAACCAUGGUCAGGAUCCCAGUGUGGGCAUGGCACAGGUGCCAAAAACACCCAUCUCCAGUACCUCUAGUUUGUGGGAGAUAGAGGGAGAGGGAGAUGGAGGGUGGUGUGGAGGAGGAGGUGAAGCAGGGCUGCAGUCCUGGGGCUCACUGGCCUCACUGUUCCGUCCACAGAAUUGCUCUACGCUGAAGAUAGGAGAAGAGAAGAAGAAAGAGGGAACUGCAGGAGCUGCGGGGGGAGGGAAGUUCCUGCAGAACUUGCUAAACCCAAGCAAGAAAAGUCCCACUGAAGCUCCCCUCCCUCCGAAACCACCUCGCAGACGUCACCCAAGCUUUGACCUCCAGGCCUUGCUGGCGCCCCGUCGUUCAACUACAGCAUCACCAAAGCCAGCAGAGGCUCCACUUGCCAUGAGCAGCCGCUCAUCUCCGCUGUCCUGGCUGGGGAAGAAAGCCAUAGCUGAGCCUAUCCUAACGGCAGGGAUUGCGACAGCUGUACCAGGAUGGAGGGAUGAGAAAGUUGGAGGAGGGGUAGGAGGAGGGGGUGUGUUGAUCCGGGGCGUGGAGGUCAGCAGUAAGGAGGUGGCAGAUCAUACGGGGCUCACCAGACAGCACGUACUGCUUGGCCGGACUGAUAGAGAGACAGGAGUGGAGAGGCCUGGCACUACUGCACAGAGUAAGUUGUAUCUGCAGUGGUGUAGGCUGGUCAAUUCAGAAAGACAGUACGUAGCUCUAUUGAAGGCUGUGGAGGAGACUUACCUCCCUCUGCUGGAUAGUACUGAUACACCACUCUGUCUGAGAGGAAAGGCUGACUCAAUCUUCUCCAACUGGAGCAGCCUUGCCACUUUUCAUUCACAGCUACUCCUCCCCGCCAUUGAGGGUGCCCUCUCUCAAACGCUACAGCAAACUGACUGCUUCAGCAAAUAUAGGGAUCAAUUACUGCAAUACUCCCACUACAUCCGUAUGAAGCCAGAGCUGGACUCCCUGCUGGUCAACCAAGCUGCCGAUUUCUUCAAGGUAAAGCUGUCCAGCUCUCCUGUGCUCCCCACCAUCUCCUUUCCUCAGUGCCUUGCUGUUCCAACUCAAAGACUACAGCACUACUGCGAGAUCCUUGAGGAACUGGGAGGUGUAAACCCUGGACCCGACUCUGCCCUCUCCAUUAUCAGACAUGCACAGCGCCAUGGAGAGGACCUGAGGAUAAGCGACCUCAUCACUGGCUGUCCGGUACCUGUGGCAGAACGUGGGGAUUUGGUACGUCAGGGCGAGCUAUACGUCUGUCCAGGCGGACGGAGAAAGAAGACAGGCAUCAGGACUGUGUUUCUCUACCAGCAUUACGUUAUUCUCACCAAACACAAAACUCCUAGCCAAGGCUGCAGUGCAUACACCUUUAAAAACAGCAUAAAGACAGGAGAGAUGGGUUUGACCCAAAGCGUUGGAGAGGAGGGUCUGAGGUUUGAGGUUUGGGUGAGACAGACAUCUCGCACCAAAUACUGUCUCACUCUCCAGGCAUCAUCUUCAGAGGACAGAGAAGCCUGGACGCAUGACAUUGCCCAGCUCCUGUGGACUCAUGCCAUCCAUAACACAGAAUUGUGUCUAAAGGAAUCUCUGUGCAUGGGAGUGUCCAGCAAGUUGCUGCUGGAUGUGACGGGAACUCAGACAUCUGAGCUAGACUCAGGCUUCAGCCUUAAUGACAGGGUCCAGAGUAGCUGUUCAGACUCUUCCUCAGUUGGAAGUCAGAAAGAAGGAGGUUCUCCCUCCAUCGCAAGAGACGCAAAGAAAGAUUCAGCACAAACUGUCCAUACACAAAGCUCAUCACCAUCGACCGCCGUUUGAAUAUCAUCUGAAUCACAAAUAGUCUUAACUUUUCGGUGGAAAUUUGAAGGAUUAGAAAUUCAACUGGACAAAUGUUUAUCUAACAGAAACGGGAAGAUGACUCAGCAACAUUACGGCAUGAUAUGGUAUACUGAAGUUUUGUAAGCCAUGCUACAUUUCACAGGGCCAUCUUGGCUCUGUCUCUCACAGUUGCUCCGUAUGCAACUAAUCGCCAGGUACUGGAGCGUGUAGCAGGGUAAUGUGUUUCAGGCUUUCAUGCACUGCUGCCUCCAACUGAUUUGCUGCUUGCCAAGAAUGACUUCAAUAGUAUACCAUACUUUACUGUGUAUUUUUGCCUUUCUUGCUCUCUCAUUACUUGCUUUAUGUGUCCCAUUUUAACGAAAGAAUGUUAAAAUUAUAACCUAAUGUUACCCUGUUAUGUGUAGAUUUGAUGUUACAUGUCGAUUGACUAUUAUUAUUUUUCAACAUCUAUAAUGGUACAAUCUCAAACAUAAUAUAAAAUCCCAAUUCACAGCCUGCAAAUUGUAAAAACAAUUUACAGAUACUAUUUUCCAAUCACAUUUUCUGUAGCCAUGUGCCAUAACAACAAAGGAAAAUGUUUCACGCAAAGUACUGUUGAGCAAAGCCCUAUUUGUUCUAUAGAAAAAUUAAUCGAUUGUCAUUGCAGCCACUGAAUAACUGCCAUUUUCUCUGAAAUAUAUUCACUUUCUUCCUCUAGUGCAUAUCCUGUUAUGUAUAAAAGUCUUAUUUCAAGGGAACGAUAAUUGAGGAGUGUUUGAAUGACACAUAAGGUUAUGGCGUCAAUUCCUAUGCAGUUUUUACUUCCAUUACCUAAUCAAGCCACAAUUAAAAACAAAUUAACAACACAUAGUGACAGUGAUCUUUUUUAUUUUUAAAAUCUUGAUACAGUGGGAGAAAUAACAACCUAGCCUUAUCAUUAUUGCAUUCCUAUAGUUAUUAGCUUCUUUGACUGGUUGCUUGAAUUGAAUGAGUUUAAUCUAACCCCAUUACAGUUUUUUACAAUAUCUUUGGCACCAUUUUCAGAACCUUGAUGUCAAUUUUCAAAAUUCGGUCAUCACUUGUAACACAGGCUGUCCAAUGUUCGAAACAUUGCAUUGUUCAUUCAUAUCUUUAACAAUACCUUGCACUUGCCGAAUCAUUGGUUCAAAUAACUUUAUCAUUAAAUACCAUAGGAACAUAUCGAAGAUAUCGAGUUUCACUGCGUAGUUAUUUGUACAAAGAGUGUGGGGGUAAGAACAGGGUGGUAUAUUGUGGAUGGGCCUGAAACCAUGCUUGCACCAUUUGAACAUGGUGGAACCUGACAUUAACCCACACAAUGACAUUAAGCUAGGUCACGCCAUCAGCUCUACAGAUCUGAUUUAGCUCAUCAAGGAAGGUUCUUGGCUCAUCAAAGACUAGGUCAGCGUCCCACCGCACAAUCUUCCAAUAUAGCCCCACACAUGGUGAUUUUGGCCCCACGUUGUCCAGGUACUUGGAUGGUUGCCUACUGGCCAAUGAAAUUCCGGUAUCUCCUCCUUGUCUUGGCCAGGUUGAAGCCUGCCUCAUCCAAAAAGAUGAAUUUCUGAUGUUUUUGUCAGCAUCCAGCUCCAUCACCCCAUAAAAAGAGAUUUUGGAAAGACAACUACUGAUUACAAUGUAGAAUUUUGGGGGAAAUUUUCACAGCAGUCAUCUUGAAAUUGAACAUAUCUGAACGUACUCAGUCCUCAGUUACUUCACUGUAUCCACAUUUCUUUCAAAAGGCACAUGGUAUAGCUGUUUUAGAGACACCUGGUGCCUUUUCAGAAUGCAUACAAUCAUCUGCAAACUUAUGGCUUCCACAUUGCUGUACAUGUGGUCAUUGUCCGAGAUGUGCUGUCAAAUGUCUGUAAGGCGAAUGUCAUUUCUGGCCCAAACCAAAUUGACCACAGCCCGCUCUUGUUGGUCAGUCAGAAUUUUCCUUCUCUGUAAUGUCAGUCUGAAAACAUGGUCUGGAAAAGUGGUACUUGGGACCAUAGAAACAGUGUCUGAUAAAGAAUGAUGAUGAAAUAUUACAUCCAUAGAUAAUGGUUCAUGUUCCACGUGUCAAUGGAUCUCGUUAUCCGGAAACUUUCAUGAAUAUUGUUUUCAGUUUCCAGAAAACUAUGCAUUAAGAGUAAAGCAACAGUUACUUAUCAUUUUGAGCAGUUGUAUCAGUUGAUAGAUCACUGUAAUGAAAUGAAUAGACAGUCAUCUCAGAUAUAAUGUAUGAAUUGCAUUUUGAAAUGGUAAUACUUUGAUGUUAUGUUCAGUCAUUUUGAACAUGUGAGUUUAGUUCAAUGAACAAAUGAUCUAAGGGUUAUGUUUACUGUAUCCAAGCAGCUGGAAAAAGUAUUAGCAUUUUGCACAACGCGCAUUUUGAUAAUCGGUUGCGAGUUUUGUCUGGAGUUUUGAAAAAUUACAUCAAGGUUCUGAAAUUACUGCCAAAGUGAUUGUAAAAAAAAAAAAAAAAAAAAAAAAAAAGGCUAUGUCUCUACAAAAUAGCCAGAAUAUUACGGUUCACAUUUAAAUAACUAACCUAAUAAUGAAAUAGUUAUUCAGAGGGUGUCUAUAGAAUUUAUUUAACAUUUAAAGGUGUCCCUGGCUGCAAAAUGUUUGAGAACCCCUCAGCAUGACAGUGACAUGACUAUGAAUGGAUGUGACAAAUUGGAGUUAAGUCUACUGACUUUAAUCCUGCUCUAUAUAAUUCUGAUCAAACAAAGGAGAUUAACAUUUGUUUUUAAUUUCUCCUCAUAUUACAUAAUCUUUCAGAUAUACAAAAAGGCUCUUAAAUAAAUUUAAAUAUGCUUUUUUUUUAUUUUAUUUUUUUAUUUAUUUAUUUUUAACCCGAAUCCAAACCAGAAAUCAGAUAUUGUCCAAUAGGUGGUGUUAGUGAGCAACUGCAGCUUGGAAACAAUGUGUCUCCUAUUUUUUAAGGCCAAAAUGCUAUUUGUAGGACAAUGAAUAGCUGCUCAUUUGUGGUGAUGCUGUGUACAUUUUGGAUCGAUAGCACUUUUACUCUGUUCAUUAACAGGCGAAAACUGCUGGGCAGCACAUAUUGCUCUGAAAAACAUGAUGUAAAUGACCAAAUUGCCACGUUGACCUUUUUUCCCUUCAGUAUUUCAAAUAAAGGAGUGUGUUGGAGUUGAAAAUAACUCUUGAGAGCUAAACAGAUUUCUCCACACAGCUCUGAUUGUUAUUGUUACUAGUUCCAUAUUUAGCACCAUAUGAAUUCGCAUAGCUCCCAUAUGAAUUUACAUACCCACCACCUCUCACUCAGUUUCUCCCACUGUGUGAAAAGAGUCGAUUUUUCCUUUGUCUGUUUAUGAGUUGCAUUAUGAUCCAGCUGGCUUUGAUUGUCAUGGCAGCUCCACCAGCCAAAUCCAAAGAUUGCUUGCAUAAGAGGAAAUGCUACGAGUUUCUGCUUUAAUCUUUGAGUUAUGUAAUUGGGGCACCCCACCCUUCUAUAUUCUAUUAUAUUCUACUCAACCUUACAGUCUUAAUCUUGUAUAGUCACUGGAUUCCAGGACUCUAUAUAAAGAGUUUGAAUCCCGCUUUGUUAGAGCUGACAUUAACCAAGCACUCAUAAUCCAUUUUGGAACAGUCGAGCUCCAAAAAAAAAACCUUCAUCUAGAGAAUUAUUAAGUUGUUUUAUAUAAGAGGUGGUAUGAGUGUGCAUGCGAGCUACAUGAGGAAUGAAGCUAAACCCACAGCCAGACUUAAUCCAAAUAUACUUUGCACAGUAGGAAAUGUGUUCAGUUCAGCGCUUUUAAAGCAGGUCUCUUCAUAACUAUAAAUACCUUGGCAUGAUUCAUCAUUCUCACUGUAAAUACAAGCAUUAACCAAAGAAACAAGGUGCCUUUUGUAAGCUUCUCAGUAUAACUCUUAUUAUAUUGACGUUUACAAUUUUUUGGUAAUGCAAAAUGUCAUAUUAAUUUUAAUGAUUUAAUAAUUGCAUGCUAUGUUGCUAUGUAUUUUGUACUUCAUCAGUGUGAUAUUUUUUUUCUUCAAGAAUUAAAACUGGACAUGAACAAGA